GCCGCAGAAGAAGCAGCAGUCACAUGACAUUAAGAAGGUGGGGUCUGAAUAAUAAACAAGUUCUUCACAUUAAUGUACACUGGAUUGCUGAAAACCGAGCAACACACAAUUUGAACAAAAGGUAAUCUGUUCCCCGGCAUCAUGAGUCCAGGCCAGUGGGAUCUUCCUCCAGAGUUGUGCUGCAGGCCCAUGGCUUUUGUGGCCCUCACAGGACUGGACGUGGUGUAUAAUGCCAUCCACAGAGCCAUAUGGGAUGCCUUCUGUGUCAACCGUCGAGCAGACAGGGUUCCCAUUUCUUUUAAAGUCCUACCAGGAGACCACGAAUAUCCGAAGUGUAGAACCAAGAGAACAUCUUAUGAGUGGUACAUGCCUAAAGGCAUUCUGAAAACGGGCUGGAUGAACAAACAUCUGAACCUGGUGCCGGCACUGGUCGUACUCUUCUAUGAGCUGGACUGGGACGAUCCGCAGUGGAAGGAAAAGCAAUCGGAAUGUGCCACUAAAGUGGAAAUUGUCAGGACAAGUUUACAAGGAAGAAACACAAAGGUUGCAGUUGUUUUAAUUCAAAAGAAGACUCCUCUGCCUCCAGGUGAAGAUCUGGUGGCAUCUGAGAGGGCUUCUUCUCUGUGUGGCGCCUGUGAUCUUUCCGGAAAAUCUCUGUUUGUCCUGCCCCAUACGGAUCAUCUGGUGGGAUACAUCAUCAGACUGGAGAAUGCUUUCUAUGAACAUGCGCAGACCUACUAUUAUAAUGAGAUCAGGAGAGUGAAAUCUCACAAGGAGUUCCUCAACAAAACUACACACCAGUUGCUGUUUGUCAGGCACCAGUUUAAGAUGGGUUUCUUCAGUGAACUAAAGCAAGAUACCCAAAAUGCCCUCAGAUAUUACAGGACUGCAUAUAGUCUUGUCCAUGAACUUAGAGCUCAUGAAACAAACAUGCUUGAGAUCAAAACCAUGGCUGGAUUCAUCAACUACAAGAUCUGCAGGCUGUGCUUUCAGCACAACACCCCACUGGACGCAAUCGCUCAGUUUCGCAAACACAUCGACCUGUGCAAGAAGAAGAUCGGUAGCGCUGAGCUUGCGUUCGAACACACCGCCUGGAUGUCCAAACAGUUCCAGUCAUUUGGUGACCUGUUUGAUGAGGCUAUUAAACUGGGCCUUACAGCCAUCCAGACCCAGAACCCAGGGUUUUACUACCAACAGGCUGCUUACUAUGCACAGGAACGCAAACAGCAAGCAGCGCAGCUCUGUAGUCACGAGCUUCAGACAGGUGUGGGCAACCCUGCACCCGACCCCCAGGAGACGCCCACUGGAGCUUUGGACUUUUAUGGACAAAGAGCCUGGAGACAAGGACAUCAAAGCAUUGAUCCACCCGACACCGAGAAGGAGAAACAAGGCAUCCUCGCUCUUCAAGUCAAAGAGAGAGAUGUUCUCCAUUCGGAGCUGAUCAUCGCCCUGCUGAGUAACGCCGUCGCUCAGUUUAAGAAGUACAAGUGUCCCAGAAUGAAGAGCCAUCUUAUGGUUCAGAUGGGAGAAGAGUAUUAUCAUGCAAAAGACUACACCAAAGCAUUAAAAUUGUUGGAUUAUGUGAUGUGUGAUUACCGCACAGAGCGCUGGUGGUCCCUGCUCACCUCUAUCCUGUCUACAGCGCUGAAGUGUUCAUACCUCAUGGGUCAAGUUAAAGACUACAUCACCUACUCUAUGGAGCUUGUGGGCAGAGCCUCUGUACUCCCUGAAGAGCAGAAGUCUAGGAUUGAGAAGAAUCUGAUUAAAGUGCUUAUGAAUGAAGUUCCUGAGCCUGAACCAGACUGUGAUCCGGUCUCUGUGAAGGCCGCCCAGUCUUUAUGGAGCGACCGCAUCUCUCUGGCUGGCAAUAAUGAAUUGACUAUUGAGGUCCAGGACUACGUGCCCUUUGUUCAGUGCAAAGCCAAGUUCCUGUCACCUAGUUUCCAUAUAGAUGAGCCUGUUCAGCUGCAAGUCUAUGUCAGAGCCGACUGUCCACAUCCUGUGCGCUUCUCAAAGCUCUGUGUCAGCCUUAGCAACCAGGAGUAUAAUCAGUACUGUUUGCUAGAGGAUGCCUCGAAAGGGAAAGAUAUUCUUGAAUCUUCGCCCCAGGAGAACAUGUGUCUCGUUCCUGGCAAAACCCGCAAGUACUGCUUCAAAUUUGUAGCCAAAACAGAAGAUGUUGGAAAGAAGAUAGAGAUUACAUCUGUGGGACUCAUGUUAGGCAGAGAGACGGGCCGUUACGUGUAUCUGAACUGGCGUGGCGGCUGGGGGGAUGCGGCCUCCUCUCAUGAUGCUUUGCAAGCAUCCCGCUCCUUUAAGAAGAGGACACACCUCCCAGAGCAGCAGGUGGACUGUGACACAGUGUCCAUACAGUCCAGCACUAUGAUCAUCUCCAGAGUGCCCAGGAUCUCAGUACAGCUGACCCACGAGCCUCCAGCAUUAACCAAUGAGAUGUACUACAUGACCGUCACCAUCCAAUCAGAGGAAGACACUGUCGCCAAAGACAUAAAGCUCACUGCUGGCCUUAAACCCGGUCAGGAUGCUAAUCUCACACAGACGACCCAGAUCACACAAAACGGCUCAGAGGUUUGUGAUGAUUCUCACCCUGCCCUGCUUCCAGACAUUCCCAUCGGAGACCUGCAGCCCGGCCAGAAGAUCGUGAAGCCGCUCUAUAUCCGCUGUGUGAGUACUGGAUCCAGAAUAUUCCUGUUUCACGUCGCUUAUUCUGUGAGCGCUACGGUGGAAGGCAAGGACAUCCCCUGCAAGUGUCACAAAGAUGAAACUGUUAGCGUCGAAACGGUUGUUCCCUUUGAUGUGGCUAUGAAGUUUGUGUCCAGUAAGUUCGAGCAUUUGGAGCGUGUGUAUGUGGACGUUCCUUUCCUGCUAAUGAUGGACAUUUUGAGCGCCUCUCCGUGGCCGAUCGAGCUUGUAAACAGUGACGUGCAGCUGGUGUCCAGUAUGACUGCCAUCGAUCAGCCACAGAGUCAAGUAGAAGGAGUGACGCUACAGACUGGCGAGUGUGCCAGCGAAUGUUUCCUGCUCAAAUGUCCUCCAGUUCAAAACGGCACCAACACCGUGGCUUCAGGACAGUACAUAAUUUCCUGGAAGAGGAAGUCAGCACUUGCUGAGACAUCAGUGGUAAGAACAAUCAUCAUCCUCCCACAUGUGAUGGUGGAGAACAUCCCACUGUAUGUGCACGCAGAGGUGCCAUCGUUCGGUCGUGUGCGUGAAUCUUUACCAGUAAGGUACCAUCUGGAGAACCGGACCGGGUUGGUUCAGGAUGUGGAGAUAAGUGUGGAGCCCAGCGAUGCAUUCAUGUUCAGUGGACUCAAACAGGUGCGCAUGAGGAUAUUACCAGGGGCCGAGCAGGAGAUGUUGUAUAAUUUUUAUCCUCUGAUGGCCGGUUAUCAGCUCCUCCCACAGCUGAACAUCAGCCUGCUACGCUUCCCAGACAUCUCCAGUCAACUGCUGCGACGCUUCCUGCCCUCGUGCAUAUUUGUUAAGCCUCAGGGCCGAAAUGGAGAUACUUCAAUAGAAGCCGCAUGAAGACGACGCAAAUCUCUUGAUGCUGAUGCGUUACCAUGGUAACUGUUAGCGAUGAAGGCUGACCAUUCCUUGGAGAACACGUGUUCACACCUUAGUAAUAUGAAAUUAGAAAUGAAAUAUAAUGAAUGUUAGUUGCGUGAUUGUUUGCAGGUUUGUUGCACAACGCUUAAACGAUUCCCUGCCUAAGAUCUUUUUUCUAAUUAAACGUCUGGUUGCACCACUGUUUUACUGUUCUAACCUGUAAGCUGUUCGUGAAAACAACCUUAUAACUAAAACACACUUAAUAUUAAAAGAAGUGCGACAAACAUAAGCUGUUUUAAAAUUAUUUAAUUUAUUGUCAUGUUAAUUGUUGUGCAAAAUGAGCUCUGUGAUUGGCCAGACAUGUGGUUCUCACAAACUAUAUGCCACUACUGUAAACUGUAUAUAAAAAGUUUUUACACCUAAUGUAUACUUUUCAGUUGUUAAAGGGGGGAUGCAUGAUCUCUGAAAGCCAAUGUUGACAUUUGAAAAAAACGCCCCCACUCCAGUAGAAUCGGGACCUUCUUUUGAUAGCCCCACCCCACACAUGAUUAGUAGACAUGCGCCUUACUGCUGAUUGGCUACAAGUGUGUUUUGGUACUUUUUUCAAAAAUCAUGCACCCUGCCUUUAACCGGCCAGGAAAGAUAAGGCAGAAAAAUAAGCAAAAUCCAAAUUGUACAGUAAUACACCCACUCAGAAAUGCAAGAUUUUCCAAUGACAGAAACAGGUAAAUAAAUAUAUACAGACAGUUGUGCCAUCAGGGUCAAUAUUCAGAUGAGAGUACCUUAGUGUGUUGAAAGGAUAAAUACGCAAAUUUCAUAAGAGACCUUACAUCAUACCAUGGUAUAUACAGUGGCAAAAAAAAAGUUCAUGUAAUAUUCAUGUAGUGAAACAAACUAUUAGAUGGUUUUACAUUUGGGUGGGUGAACUAUAAAUUCUAAUGUUAAAACUCUGCUGUAAGUCUUCCUUACGUUUAGUGAAUAUCCUGUUAUGUUGGCUUUUAAAUUUCUAACAGAUAAACAAGUCUGAGAGACUGAUUUGGUUUCCAUAAGUCCCUUUGUUUUGUUCACAUUUGGUUUGAAAACAAUGAGGGUGCAGGGGUUGGUUUUGUUAGAGAUUGACACUCGACACUCUUUGGUUUUAAAUUAAGUCUACCUAUACAAUACCUUAGCUUAAUUCUGUGUACCCCUGUGUACAAUUUACUUUUCAGUCUCUGUGUUAAUCUGUUUAACCAUUUAUUUUCAGUUUUUAAGGAGAAAACAUGAGAAUGAAUAAAAAACAUUGCUAAUAAGUAAAUUACAUCACAUUUUAUGACAUUCAAAAUAUUUUAUAAAAAUAUUAUCAAA